AUAUCAAUUGAUUUUAUACUUAUCAUUAAUUUGAUCAUGGAACAACAAACUGAUAAAGAACAAAUGGUUAACACUACUACGAAAAAAGAAGCCAAGAAAGAGCAUGACAAGUAUAUUGGGAUUAAUGAUGUGAUGUAUAAUAUACUAGAACAGAAGCAAUUUGCGUAUAAAGCAUCAGCAAAUGCAUUAUACAGAGGCCUAGGUUCACCGUAUUUCAGUAUUGCUGUACCGGUGAUAUCACAGUGUGUGACCUUUGUUGCUCGGGAACUGAUAAAAACUUUAAAAAAAUUUAUAGAAUCGUAUUACAUUGGGGAAUAUAGAGAUGGCCAGAACGUGAUCUGUGACGAAACCAGUGAGGUAAUCUAUGGAGAUACAGAUUCUUGCCUAGCACGAUUACCAAAGCGUAUCUUACAUUGUAUACUUGAAAAGUACUACGGUCAUUUGAAAUAUAUCGAGUUGAAUAAUGGUUUGGUAAAGGAAUAUGAAGAACUUAUAUUCAAGAUGUACGAUGAGCUUACCAAAGAGGGAAGUAUAUUUGGUAAAAAAGUAUGUGAUGCAUUCAACGCGUUUAACCGUGAUCGUGGAAUUAAAAUAGUUACAUUGGAAUAUGAAAAACUUUUAUUUGAUUUGACGCUAAAUAACAAGAAACGCUAUGCGGGUUAUAAAUUUGAAUUGCAAAGCAAUGGAGACCCUCCAGAUUACUUUUUUUUAGAAAUAUUUUCUGGUGCUAAAGACUAUAUUUCAAGAAAUGCAAAGCUCUUUAACAAACGGCUUAUAUUUGAUGAGAUGGUAACCGCAUUUUUAACCGAAAGUGAUGAGUUUAAAAAGUAUACAGUUAUGAAAUGGUUUUCCAAUAUUCAUGUUAGAGGCCUACCUAUAGUUCGACAUGAUGCAAAUAACUCCUCUAAGGUUAUGCAACAGAUGACAUAUUCAAAACUUUUUGAUUAUAGAGAGAAGACAAAAUUUAUUCUGGAUAAAAAAAUUAACAACUUUGAUGAGUUCUUUGAGUUCUUCGUAAAUAGUUGCCAUGAUAAAAAUAAUUGGUUAUUAACAUGUCUAGAAGAUGCAAGCAAAAAAGUCAUAAAGUUAUUAACCCAAAAGCUUGAACCCCGAGACCUCUAUAUAAUUGAAAAUAGUGUACGGUUUAACCCUCGUGAGAUUUCAACUUCAACUAUAAUCGAAAAGAUAAAACAUGAUAUAUUCAAAAAUAGUAAUUAUAAUAUUGUUAAUGGUAAAUUAAUACUAUACGAGGAUAUGAAUAUGAGCAAGCGACAUCACUUUGUGAAUGAGAUUAAUUGGAACAAAAAAACAUCAUUUGAAUUAGUCGAUGGAGAUUUUUAUUUUAAGAAUCUGAGAUUAAAAUAUAAGGGACGAGCCGAGAGAAAAGGGAACCCCAGUGUUAUAACAAUGAUCAAUCGGUUACAACAAGAGAAUAAAAGGGUACCAAGUGGACGUAUUAAUACUAUUGUUAAAUGUUUACCAGAUUCACGUACA